AUGGCGAGAGGCCCGCACUGGGGACUGGGACUGGGGACUGGCGAGGCGAAUAAAGCCUCUGCUCCUGACAUCCAAGUCUCCGAGAUGUGUGCGGCCUCUCAAGACAGUUUUGUCGGAAGGCAAAGCUCAGUCAUUUUCGAAGUCUUGCCCACAUCCAUACAAGCCAUUAUACCACCUCUUCCUUCAUUGAGACGGACCGUAUCAGGCAAAGGCAUGAAGGCAACAUCAUUUCUCUCGGGGGCCCUCCUGGUGCUGCAGCCCCAAUCCACGAUGCAGCAAGAUGGGCCGCUCAGUGGACAGGCAUCUGGAGACAGUGUAGGACUCGUCCUCGACGAAGAUAUGGAUAGCCUCGGGUCGGAGAGCUCUAGUGUUGCCGAUGCGAGUGACAAUCAUCGCAGUGCAGUGGAAGCUAGGUCUACCCGUCCCCGCGCCGAGUCUACCACAAUGAUGGGGAAGAGGCCAGCACACAGGAGCUCUAGGAGUUUCCCAUUUUUAAGGCUCCCGGGAAGGUCAAGCUCAUUGUCGCACACACCAGAACCGGCAAAUACUACUGGAAUAGACUAUAAAUUCCAAAGGAGAGGCCAGGAGAUGCUGCGGGCCGCAGAGGAAGAAACGGACUUGGCAAACCCUGAACAAAAUGUUGCCUUCGCUAGGAGGUCUUAUAUUGACGGAGUUGCGUACCUCUUGCAAGGUCUCCCACGGGACUUGGACGGGGACGAGACCAGCAUUCUGCGCGGCGCCCUCCCCGAACCGCUACGACGCGAGAUGGGAAACCAUCGACAUCAACUACAGGCCGACAAUGAAUCGUUACGAAGCUCAACAUCAUCCUCGCCGACUAGGGGCAGCAUCGCACCAGGGGACAACUUUAUGCUACGGAUGCGUGGCGAGGGACCGUCACCCAUUCAUCGCGCGGUCCAGACCAUCAUCACGACAAUGAUAUUCAUGACCCGACUGAUGAUCUCGUUGGGUAUCGCCAUUGUCCAGGAACUUGUACGCGUGGGCAACGAGUACCAAAUCCCAGAGCGGGUAACGCGAAGGACGAUCCUAGUAGCCAGCUCAUUCGCCAGCAUCGGAACGUCGGCGGCGAGCACAAUCGGGAGUGUCAGCAAGGCAUCAUACAACAUGGUGGAUGACAGAGUUCCUUAUGGUCUAGGGUCCGUCCUCCAAUGGCUCACUGACGAGUGCAUCUCGGGCGCGUGCGCCGGUGUUCGCGAAGGGCUGAGGUGUCAAGUCUAG